AUGGAGGCAGCGCGGGAGUCCAUGGCGGCGCUCCUCGACGCCGGCCUCUUCGGGCCCGCCCAAACGCUGGGGUGUUUCCUUGUGUCGUCGGCGGGUGCGGGCAACGAUGCUGGCAUGUCCAUGAAGGUGGAGAGCCUGGUGAAGUUUAAGAUCGCUCUUUGCCAUUCUGCUCUAUGUGAGCACCGUGAAGCACUUCAUGAGAUGGAAGGCAAUGCCCUUAUGUUUUCGAGCUAUCACAGCUUUAUGGAAAUGGGGCUUUCAGCAAAGGAAUUUUCUUUAUUAUUUCCACAAGCACCAAAUAGAGGAGGCAAGGUGCCAGGUGACUUUGUAGAUGCACAACGUUGGUGGAGUCGGUAUGUUGAGGCGCAGUGUUGCAUUGCUUCACAUGAUUAUAAAGGGGGUUUGGGGUUCGGACUGCUCACCGGUGGAGUGAAGGAACGUCGCAGAACCGGGGUGGCGCGCCGGGCGGCCGAGCAGCAGGGUGUCGUGGCCGCAGAUGUUUGGCGGUGCAGCACAGGGACGUCGGAGCCGCGUCCUCGACUCUGCGUGCUAGUCGUGGCCGUGGACGGCGUCUCGACGUCGGACGAGGCCGCGGCGGAUCUCGGGCUUGCCGCUUGGGGCUUGCCGCUUGUGGCGGAUGAGGCUGCGUCGGGCGACGCAGGAGAGGCCGCCGUGCACGACCCUGACUGUGUGGGAGCCGGUGUGCAAGGGCUGGCGGCGGCGUGCGGACGAGGCUGCAACGACGGCACGGGUGGGAACGACCCUGACUGUAUGGGCGCCGGCGUGCAGGGCCGGGGCUGGCGGCAGCGUCGGAGCGGGUGCGGCGUCGGAGCGUGGGAGGCGUGGGUCAUGGGGAGGCUGGGGCACGGCAGUUUUGGGUUUGCGGGAGGCUUCGCGCUGUGCGAGGUAAUUAGGGGUGGCCUUGACAUAUAUCUAGAACUAAUGCAACGGUUCCCCAAUAAUGUGCAUUUCUUGCUGGAAAUUGCUAAGGUUGAAGCCAUCAUAGGCAGGAAUGAUGAAGCGAUAAUGAACUUUGAGAAGGCCCGGUUUAUUGAUCCAAACAUCAUGACAUAUAUGGAUGAGUAUGCAAUUCUUCUAAAGUCAAAAUCUGACUACAUCAAACUGAAUAAGUUGGUAUAUGAUAUGCUGCAUAUUGAUCCUGCAAGACCAGAGACAUGUGUUGCUCUUGCAGCAAUGUGGGAAAGAAAGGAUGAAAGAAAAGCUUUGACAUAUGCAGAAAAGAGCCUCCGAGUUGAUGACAGGCAUAUAACUGGCUAUAUUAUGAAGGGCAAUCUGCAUCUUUCAUUGAAUCGACCAGAUUUGGCAGUGACAGACUUUAGGGGGGCUCAAGAAUUGAGAGCUGAUCUUCGUUCUUAUCAAGGUUUGGUGCGUGCUUAUCUAGCACUUUCUAAAUGCAAAGAAGCAUUAUUCACUGCACGUGAGGCAAUGAAGGUUCUGCAUCAGUCUGCAAAAGCUCUCAAGCUAGUUGGCGAUGUUCAUGCAAUUAGUUCUAGUGGGAGGGAGAAGGCAAGAAAGUUCUAUGAAUCAGCCAUUCGUCUUGAACCUGGAUUUCUUGGAGCUGCGCUGGCCCUGGCUGAUCUGCAUGUUGUGGAAGGACGGAAUAAGGAGGCUGUUAUGCUACUGGAAAAAUAUCUAAGACAAUGGGCAGAUGAUUCUCUACACAUCAAGUUGGCUCAAGUACAUGCGGCAACAAAUAUGCUUUCAGAUGCACUUUCCCAUUAUCAAUCUGCACUAAGAAUAAACCCACAAAAUGAAGCUGCAAAGAAUGGAUUGGAGCGCUUGGAAAAACAAAUGAAGGGAGUGGACCCAGAUGCUCCGGAAGAGGAGGAAGAGAAUGAGGAGGAUGAUAUCGAUGAUCGAGAUGAGUUUAUUUGA